CGGUCCCUGCCGUUUUGGGGCGCCCGGCCGGGGUGGGGAGAGACUGGGGCUGGCGGCCUGGCUCCCGGUACCGCUUCGCUCAGAGGAACGGCACGCGAGGCCUCCGCAGACCAGCCCGCAGGCUCGCUUGGGAGUCGGCUGGGGGACGCGGUGACGGUGGGGGGACCCUGGGCUGGAGCGGCUUGGCACCCUUGUUCCUGAGGUCCUGAGGGUCUGGCCCGCCGGAGAAAGGGAGAGACACAUCAGGAGGGGUCACUUCGGCGAGACGUGCUCACCUGGGAUAGCAGUAGUCCCUGGCUGUGGUGUCCACCUGGGGGAGGGACCUUUCAGGCUGAAAGGAGCAAGUUCGGCCCUGGGACGUGGACGGCAGACUUUUUUUUUCUGUCCAGACGCACCCUCGGGGCAAAGUAGGACGGAAAACUCCUCUGCUGCCCGCGUGGCGACUUCGUGGCGCGAGGAUGGGUUAGGAAGUUACUGUGCUUUGCUUUACAGAUGGGAAAAGUAAUAACCCUUUUUACUGUUCAAGGAGAAGAGAUCGGUUGAAAGUGUCACAUAAUAUCUUUAACCAUAAAGGACUCAGUAAAAUUAGGUACUUCCCUUCACACACGAAGAUCUCCAUUCAGGAAAUAUAAUACUUUAUGAGUACCUGCUUUCGGCCAACAUUGUUCUAAGCGCAGGGAACCGAGCCACGACUAAGGAAGCACCAUUCACAGCAUCUUCUCAGAAGACCUUCCUGGAGACCUCUCCCAGUCGCCAUCCCCUUUCCUCCCCAAAGGCUACUUCUUCAUAGACAUAAAAAUCAAUAUUUGACUGGAAACAAAGCAUCACUUAAAAUCCUCUCAAAUUCCUAAUUCCAAAGAAUUGAUAACAUUUCUCUGAUCAAGAAAAGAAGUGAUUGACUGCGUGUUAAAAGUAUUCCGGCAUUGGUCCUGUUAUUUUUCCUCUCCCUAAAUUUGAGAAGAAAUAUGGAGAAAUGCUACUUGAUGACAGCUGUUGUCUUACUAGGACUAACAGUACGGUGGACAGUUUCUCUUAAUUCUUACUCAGGUGCUGGAAAGCCCCCUAUGUUUGGUGAUUAUGAAGCUCAGAGACACUGGCAAGAGAUUACUAUUAAUUUACCGAUCAAACAAUGGUAUUUUAACGGCAGUGAUAACAACUUACAGUAUUGGGGAUUGGACUAUCCACCUCUUACAGCUUAUCAUAGUCUUUUAUGUGCAUAUGUGGCAAAGUUUAUAAAUCCAGACUGGAUUGCUCUCCAUACAUCACGUGGAUAUGAGAGUCAGGCACAUAAGCUCUUCAUGCGUGCAACAGUGUUAAUUGCUGAUUUGCUGAUUUACAUACCUGCAGUGGUUUUGUACUGUUGUUGUUUAAAAGAAAUCUCAACUAAGAAAAAGAUUGCUAAUGCAUUAUGCAUAUUGCUGUAUCCAGGCCUUAUUCUUAUCGACUAUGGACAUUUUCAGAACAUAUAUAAUUCUGUGAGUCUUGGCUUUGCCUUGUGGGGUGUUCUUGGAGUAUCUUACGACUGGGACCUGCUGGGAUCCCUGGCGUUUUGCUUAGCUAUAAAUUAUAAGCAGAUGGAACUUUACCACUCCUUGCCAUUUUUUUGUUUUUUACUUGGCAAGUGUUUUAAGAAAGGCCUCAAAGGAAAGGGGUUUGUGUUGUUGAUUAAACUGGCUUGUACUGUUGUGGCUUCCUUCAUUCUCUGCUGGCUGCCAUUCUUUACAGAAAGGGAACAAACCCUGCAAGUUCUAAGAAGACUCUUUCCAGUUGAUCGUGGAUUAUUUGAGGAUAAAGUAGCCAAUAUUUGGUGCACCUUCAGUGUCUUUCUGAAGAUCAGGGAUAUUUUGCCACAUCACAUCCAGAUAAUGAUCAGCUUUUGUUUUACAUUUUUGAGCCUGCUUCCUGCAUGUGUAAAAUUGACACUUCACCCCACUCCCAAAGGAUUCAAAUUUACUCUGGUUAGCUGUGCACUGUCAUUCUUUCUGUUUUCUUUCCAAGUACAUGAAAAGUCCAUUCUUUUGGUAUCAUUACCAGUCUGCUUAGUUUUAAGGGAAGUUCCUUUUAUGUCUACUUGGUUUUUACUUGUGUCAACAUUUAGUAUGCUGCCUCUUCUAUUGAAGGAUGAACUCCUAAUGCCCUCAGUUGUGACAGUGAUGGCAUUUUUCAUAGCUUGUGCAACCUCCUUUUCAAUAUUUGAAAAGACUUCUGAAGAAGAACUGCAGUUGAAAUCCUUUUCCAUUUCUGUUAGGAAAUAUUUUCCAUGUUUUACAUUUCUUCCCAGAAUUAUACAACAUUUGUUUCUUAUCUCAGUAAUCACUAUGGUCCUUCUGACACUGAUGACUGUCACACUGGAUCCUCCUCAGAAACUACCGGACUUAUUUUCUGUAUUGGUGUGUUUUGUAUCCUGCUUAAACUUCCUGUUCUUCUUGGUAUACUUCAACAUUAUAAUCAUGUGGGAUUCCAAAAAUGGAAGAAAUCAGAAGAAAGUCAACUAGCUAUAUCCCCAAAGAAAUGUGAAAAUGUUAAUAGUGCUACAAGCUUUUGUGAAAUUUUUGCCUUGUAUAAAAAGAAAUGAUCAUUUUGAGAAUCAUGGAAUUAGAGGAAAGGAGAUGGUGAAAAGUCAUUGUUGUCUACACAAAAUAAAUGUAUAUGGGGACCACAGCAAUGGAGGCUUUUAUUUUUCUAACUACUGAGUGGCCAAGAAAUAUUGUAGUUUUAUUAAAUUCAGUUAUUAUUCAAGUGGGAAAAUAAGAGAAACAUGUCCUUAAUCUCAGUGUUUACUUAGGAAAUGUACUCUGUAAUUUGUUGUCUUGAAAAAAUCUGCAAAUACAGUGAGCUUAAUGGGAGAAUUUAGCACCUUAUUUUUGAAGGAAAUCACUAAUUUUGGUAUUCAGAUUUAGUUUUCCUUACAUUUUAGAAUGCUUUAGAAAUUAUAUCUCAGGGAUUAAAUUUGUGAUAAUCUUUUAUAUUACUAUGAGAAGGCAAUUUAAACUAUUUAAAGUUUGAACAUGCCUCAUUACAUGUGCAAAUUUGAAUUUUUUUAGCAAGGCAGAGAUUAAACUGUUAUUUAUUUCCAAGAACUCUGAUAUACCUGAAUGCAGUUAAACAAUGAAUUUUCCUAAAUUUAAAUCUAAGUGGUUUGAAUGACGUCUUUUUAAUUACUUAUGAUCAUGAGUUCUGAACUUUCAGGAUCAUGCUGUUUAAGUUAAGUGGCCUUAUACUGGGUUCAUCCUUCUGUUCUUCUUGGUUAUGACAUGAUUCAAGGUUACCAAUGCCAAUAUGCAGUGAUCCAUAUCAUGCUUCAUGUUAACUUAGCCCUGUUAAUACUAUAUCACUCUAUAUUAGAAGAAGCCCAUCUUGACUAUAGUAUUCAGUUGGUAAAAAUAAUUUAUUGUAGCCAUGUUGUAGAUUCUCAUGUAAAGAUAUGUUUUCUUUAGUCUCUGUAAUAAAAAUAACCAUUUCCCCAUCAACCUAUGUUUUUAAUGAAUAUAUUUCUUUAAUAAGCCAUUAAAGCAUAAUAACUAAGUGGUGGUAUAUUUUAAAACAAUGCAAGCCAAACACAUAUACACAAAGAAAAUUUGGUUCUAGACACAGACACCUACAGGCUGAUGCAACAAGGUAUAUGUUUUUAAGUCUGAUAAAGGAAGUGGGUUUAGACAGAGCAAAAAGUCAAGAAGUAUUUCCUUCUCAAAGCAAAUGUGCAUAAAGACUCAGAGGGCAGAUCAGCACAGAAAAGCAACCUUGAAUCGCUGCCGAAUCAGCAGGAACAUCGCUGUCCAUGGUCACCAUCUGUAAUCACUGUGCCCAAAUGUCAGCAUCUUGGCUGGCUGGUGUAGUCUUAUUUUUUAUUUUUUGUAAUAGAAAACUUGCAUUUAAUACAGGAUGUUGAUAUUUAAUUCAAUGAUGAGGAAGUUCUGACAACUUCUACAUAGUUGGAAUAGAGAAACAUUAUUUUAAAAUGAAAGUAUUAUU